AAUAUUCAAGUGAGAGUUCACACAAAUUGGAUUCAAAGUUGCAUACAUUUUCUCGAGAAAAUUCCAACAUUUCCCUCCAUGAAUAUCUUCUCACAGAUCUUCACUUUCUUCUUCUUCCUCUUGAUCGCCUUGUUAGUCACUAAAUCAUCAUGCUCCGCAAUUAUCAAUCCAUCUAAAGUCAAGCAAAUUUCAUGGAAACCUAGAGCUUUUGUGUAUGAAGGUUUCCUUACGGAUGAAGAAUGUAAUCAUUUGAUAUCUCUUGCAAAAAAGGAAUUGAAAAGAUCGGCUGUGGCAGAUAAUGAGUCUGGGGAAAGUAAGCUUAGUGAGGUCAGGACUAGCUCCGGAAUGUUCAUUAGCAAAGCAAAGGAUCCUAUUGUCACGGGGAUAGAGGAGAAGAUAGCGACUUGGACUUUUCUACCUAAAGAGAAUGGAGAAGACAUACAAGUUCUAAGAUACGAGGAAGGACAGCAAUAUGAACCACACUAUGAUUACUUCUCCGACAAGGUUAAUAUUGUUCGUGGUGGACACCGCUUAGCCACUGUACUCAUGUAUCUCAGUGAUGUCGAGAAAGGUGGUGAAACUGUUUUCCCUAAAGCAGAGGAAUCAACUCGACGUAGGUCAAUGGCAGCUGACAACAGUUUGUCCGAGUGUGCGAGGAAGGGUAUAGCUGUAAAACCACGGAAAGGAGACGCACUUCUUUUUUUCAGUCUCCAUCCAAAUGCCGUUCCUGAUCCUAUGAGCCUCCACGGUGGAUGCCCCGUUAUUGAGGGUGAGAAGUGGUCAGCAACAAAGUGGAUUCAUGUGGAUUCAUUUGACAAAAUUGUGGGAUCUGAAGGAAAUUGUGCUGAUCAAAACGAGAAUUGUGAGAGAUGGGCUGCACUUGGGGAAUGCACCAAGAAUCCAGAAUAUAUGGUUGGAAGUACAGACCUCCCAGGAAGCUGUAGAAAGAGCUGCAAAGCUUGUUAACUUAUUAUACUUGUGUCUUCCACUUAAAUUAGUUCAAAACAUCUUGUCUUCUGUUCUCUCGGCUCUCAUCUGACGGGUUGUGUUCUAGCUAUUUACUCACUUUGUAAGUACCC